AUGAAGCAGAGUAAAAUUGCCGUCGCUCCCGAUCAAGACGAGACUUUGAAUUAUUAUGACGAGCCUCUAAAGUUGUACUGUCAUGCUUGUGAGAGGCAAGUGAUAAGUCGGGUGAAGCAAAAGUCUAACUGGGAGACCUACACAAUCUUGGUUUUAUUGUUGCUAUUGACUGGGAUCGUGGGAGUGUGUGUGUUCCCAUUAGUUCGUCAAUAUACAAGGGACGCAUCACAUCGCUGCCCGAGUUGUAAGUCGGAAAUUGUACGUUACAAGAGAUUCAGAAUGCCAGCGGUCAGUAAUGAGGUGAUUACUUUGCAGUGUGGUAACUGUGCAGUAGUCCUUGCUAAACGGUAUUUUGUUGGUUUCACUGCGCUAGCAUUUCUUAUUAUGGUUCUAAGUCUUACUAAGACCUACCUUAAAUCAUUCAAACUACCCGACCUAGAACCUGGAGAACCCAUUAAUCAGUCCUGGCAAGAUUUUAUUGACGAUUGUGGCACCAGUAGUAAUUUGGGUAAUCCACUUAAAACCAGGCGUAAUUUUAACGAAAUCUACUAUGGAAAAUCUGCAACAAACUGGCAAGGCAGAAUCAAUCAUGUACGACUCGGAGUGCUAGGGAAAAACUUCAUCUUCGUCAAUAUGCCUCUCCAUGAUAAAAGCUCCAGCACCGACCCCGAUGUUGGACUUAUAUAUAGUUCAGACACCUGGGAUGAUGUUGUUUCAGAUUUUGAACGCGGGGACCUUGUUAUGUACAAUGCCACUCUUCUAGAACUUGGAUCCAGAUCGGAACCUACACUCGCCAGCCUAGACGGAAUUAUCAAAAUUACAAGCAACGAAGAUCUACCUCCAAUGUACCCGUCCGUAAGCUAA